UGCAGCAGAAUCAGUUUAUUCCCUUCGGUUGUAACAGUAUGCAUAAGGGAAGGAUGCAUUUUUGUCCAUUGCAAGGUUAGGGAUUGUUGCUCAGUCAAUGCACGUUAAACUUCAAUGUUCCUUCAGAUCUUUUGGCGUGCCAAACUCUCUAUUAUGCCAUUACUACCUAACUUCUAUUCUUCAAUAUUCAACUAUUCCACAUAAUCGGAACUUAGAAGAGCAUCAUCUAUAUGGUCAUCUGCUGCAGUCUUGCUUACAGCAAUGCAGGCAAAUCAAGCAUCACUAUCUUUUUGAUGAAAUUUCUGAGAGACGAUCAGGGAUCUCAAGAAUUAGUAAAAUCAUUCAUGCCCAUGGCAUUAAAAAUGGAAUUGGGUCAAAAGGGUUACUUGGAAAUGCCAUUGUUGAUCUCUAUGCUAAAUGUGGCAAUUUGGGCUUUGCUGAGAAUGUGUUUGCUCAGCUGGAUAAUAAGGAUUUGUUGGCUUGGAAUUCACUUCUUGUUAUGUACUCCAAAAAUGGGUUGCUGGAGAGGGUUCUUCAGUGUAUUGGGUCUCUAAGAGAUUAUGGCCAAUUGCCUAAUGAAUUCACUUGUGCUAUUGCUCUGUCUGUAUGUGCUAAACUGAAGAAUGUUGAAUAUGGCAGAUUUUUUCAUUGUUGGGUAAUCAAGAGAGGUUUUGCAUCAUUUUCUUUUUGUCAGGGUUCUCUUAUUGAUAUGUAUGCCAAAUGCAACUGCAUAAGAGAUGCUCAAAAGGUAUUUGAUGGGGCUUUGAAUUUAGACAUUGUUUCUUGGACUGCAAUAAUAUCUGGUUACAUUCAAGGCGGUUUACUGGAGGAGGCCAUAAAAAUGUUUGAGAAAAUGCAAAAAUCUGGUUUUUAUCCAGACCUAGUUGUGCGCAUAACCAUUAUGAAUGCAUACUUGAGCUUAGGAAGGGUGAAAGAUGCAUGUGAAUUGUUUAUGCAGAUGCCCACUCGCAAUGUUGUAGCAUGGAAUGUAAUGAUUUCAGGUCAUGCCCGCAGAGGUCGUAAUGAGGAGGCUAUCACCUAUUUCCUUGAAAUGAGGAAGGCUGGCAUAAAAUCCUCAAGAUCCACUCUGGGGAGUGUUUUGCGCUCAAUUGCCUGUUUAGAGGCUCUGGAUUAUGGCUUGUUAGUUCACGCGGAGGCAAUCAAACAAGGUUUGGAUAACAAUAUAUAUGUAGGAAGUUCUCUGAUCAAUAUGUAUGGUAAGUGUUUCAUGUUGGAUGCUGCAAAGCUAGUCUUUGAUGUAAUAGAUGAAAAAAACAUUGUCAUAUGGAAUGCGAUGCUUGGAGUCUAUGCACAGAAUAAUUAUGUUGACGAGGUUAUGGACUUGUUCUUCUGCAUGGUGAGAUGUGGUAUGGGCUUGGAUGAAUUUACAUACACCAGCAUUUUGAGCUCAUGUAGUUGCCUAAAAUACCAAGAAAUGGGUCGCCAAUUGCAUUCUAUUAUUGUCAAGAAAAGAUUUACAUCUAAUUUAUUUGUGAAUAAUGCAUUGAUAGAUAUGUAUGCUAAAGCUGGGACUUUGAAGGAUGCUAGAAAGCUAUUUGACCUCAUGCCAAAUCGAGAUAAUAUAUCUUGGAAUGCAAUUAUUGUUGGAUAUGUGCAGCAAGAAGAUGAGACUGAGGCUUUCAACUUGUUUCAGAGAAUGAUUGGCCAUGGUAUUGUGGCUGAUGAGGUGUCUUUGACUAGCAUACUCAGUGCUUGUGGAAAUGUUAAGGUCCUGGAAGGAGGACUGCAAGUCCAUUGUCUGUCAGUUAAGUUAGGUUUGGAAAGAAGACUUUGUGCUGGAAGUGCUCUUAUUGACAUGUAUUCUAAGUGUGGGGCCAUUGGAGAUGCACAAAAAGUAUUUUCUUGCAUGCCAGAGUGGAAUGUUGUCUCCUUAAAUGCUCUGAUUGCAGGGUAUGUUCAUAACAAUACCAAAGAAGCUUUUAAUCUUCUGCAUAAGAUGCUAAUCAUGGGACUGGAGCCAUCUGAAGUUACAUUCGCAAGCCUUAUAGAUGCUUGUAGGCCGCAAAAUAUAACGUUAGGCAUGCAGCUCCAUGGUGUCAUCUUAAAGAGGGGUCUUUUGUGCCGUAGUGAAUUGUUAGGCGUCUCUUUGUUGGGCAUGUAUACGGAAUCUCAAAGAAUUGCAGAUGCAAAUGUUCUUUUCUUGGAGUUUUUCAAUCUCAAAAGCAGGGUAUUAUGGACAGCUUUAAUUUCUGGACACACACAAAACGAUUGCAGUGAAGAGGCCCUGACCUUGUUCUGGAAAAUGCGUGAGAACAGCAUUUUACCUGACCAAGCCACAUUUGUUAGUGUUCUUCGAGCUUGUGCUCUCUUAUCUUCAUUACAAGAUGGGGAAAAGAUACAUUCUCUAAUUUUCCACACUGGUUUUGACUCAGAUGAGUUAACUAGCGGUGCUCUAGUAGACAUGUAUGCUAAAUGUGGAGACGUAAGAAGUUCUGAGAAAGUUUUCAAAGAAAUGAAUUCUAAAAAUAAUGUUAUUUCUUGGAACUCAAUGAUUGUUGGAUUUGCCAAGAACGGGUUUGCAGGAAAUGCCCUUAACAUAUUCAAUGAGAUGACACAAUCAAGUGUUAUGCCAGAUGAUGUCACAUUCCUUGGGGUGCUUACUGCAUGCAGUCAUGCAGGUUGGGUUCCUGAAGGCCGCCAAAUUUUUGAUAUGAUGAUCAAUCAAUAUGGUAUUCAGCCCAGAGUAGAUCACUAUGCCUGCAUGGUUGAUCUUCUUGGUAGAUGGGGUUUUCUUAAAGAAGCAGAGGAGUUCAUUGAAAAACUAGAUGUUGAAUCCAAUGCUAGGAUUUGGGCCUCACUGUUAGGCGCUUGCUGUAUACACGGAGAUGAGAAAAGGGGGCAACAGGCAGCUGAGAACCUCAUUAAGUUAGAGCCUCAAAAUUCCGCUCCUUAUGUACUGCUUGCUAAUAUAUAUGCGGCAUCAGGACAUUGGAAACAAGCAAGGUCUUUGAGGAAAACAAUGAUAGAGAAAGAAGUCCAAAAGAUGCCGGGAUUUAGCUGGAUUGUAGUGGGGCAAAACACAAACAUAUUUGUUGCUGGUGAUAAAUCACAUUUUAGUUCAGAUGAAAUCUAUGAAACUUUGAAGCAUCUUACGGCACUAAUGAAAGAGGAUAGAUUUCAGGAAGGUGGAGCUUUUCAGGUUUCUCAAAUUUAGUCAUUUGAAAUAGUUGAAGUUCUGCAGUUGACUCUAGUUUGCUGCCUGACUGAACAUGAUUUUGCAUCUUUUGCUGUAAGGGACACAGAGAGAGAUAAGAUAUGUGCAACUCCUCUUUUCCCUUUUUUUAUUAAUUAUUUUUAAUUUUACAUUUCUUAGGAAUUUUAGAUGCUAAUAGGGAAAAAUUUUGUUAAGUUGAACAUGAUACAUUUAUUGAGUGGUGGCAAUUCUACUUGUUUCUUCCAAUGCUUAAUUAACUGUUUUCUUGUUUUCUGGUUGUUUUGUGUCACGAUGUUAUUAUAUAAUGGAAAAACUUAUUUUCUGGUUUAACGACUUUAGAAGACUUUGAAGUGCUUUCAUAUGGUUCAUUAAUUUUUAUAUUAACAUCUGUGGCACUAGAAACUUCCAAGAUAUUGUAGCUUAAAGCACAAUAGUUAACUACAGGAUUCAAAAGAUAUGAUUUGCUCAAAUUUUUGUACAUAAAUACUCUUGGAGGCUGAAUUUUUUUGGGCAGGAAAUAAUCUAAGGAGAUGCUUGAAGUGUGCUCAUAAAACCUCACCCAUAUUGAUGCACCUAAUCACUACUUCAAGUAUUUUGCUGAUUAGACUGAAUCC